AUGGACCCCCAGAUGGAGCAAGAAAGCUAUUCAAUAGUUCAAAAUAGGAUCUGCCUACUUUCGAAUAUUCUUCCAGACAGGAAUAUUAGUGAUCAGGAGAACGAAAUUAGUAGUGUUUUGUUCUUAAAUAAUCUGAGUCUCAAACGGAAGAACAAGCGUAAUUAUAAACGUAUCGAAGAGCCAAACCAGACUCGCAACUUACAGUUGCUUCCUAACCCUGAGUUAGAGGAAAAAUAAUUCAAACACAGUAAUGUUGAGCGUAAAAUCAGAAUUAAAGCCAGAAGAAGGAGAGUUUGAGAAAUCUAAUGACCAUGAUAAGUCAGAUUUUCAUACUGAACAGAUAGAUUCCCCUUCUACAAGUAAAAAUCUAGAUAACAUUGAUCGGGAAAGUGAAGAGUGGGAAGGAAUUUCUAAUAAAAUUUUCCAAAGCAAGAAAAAUAAUUCUCCUGAAGUUAUCAGCUCCUUGAGAGAAAAAGGCAAAAUUCACCCAAGUCCAAAAAUUAAGAAGAAAGUAAAAAUAAAUGGUUCAACAUUUAAAAAUAAAAACAAACCCAAUCUGCAGAACUUAAACAAAGGAAGCCACUACCUUGCAAUUGGCCCGAGAGGGAACCAGAAGAUAAAUUCUAGGAAAACUAAAAUUUACUCUCAGAACAGACAGCUUACUAGCAAGACAGAUGAUGUGGGAACUCGUGAAGGAGGUGAGUACAUUAGGAAGAUUACUCAAAGAACUAAUACCAUCAUCUCUAAUUUCUCAGAGUUUCCUAACCACCCAGGGGAGAGGCAGGUGAAGCUGAAACAUCUGAAGCCAAAUGCUAUUGAUAAAUACAGGAGCAGGACCGUUAAAAAGAAGGGAAAGGGAAACCAGAAGUUAAAUAAUCAUCGAAUCAGCUCAAGGAAGGGAAAUAACAAUCAAUAUUACAAUGUAACAACAAAUAUGCAAAAGAACUCUACUAAUGAUAGUAAAAAGUUGUGAUGAGACUUUUGAAAUUCUGAAAUAGUUCAGUCUAUUGUUGAGCAUUCAGAACCGAGUCAUCUCGCCAUUUCAAAAUUUGGGAGGACUAAUACAGGUUCAAUUAUUUCUGAAGAAGAGUCAUCUAAAAACGGUAAAAUAAAAGCAUCUAACCGGAUUCAUAAAAAGGAGGACAAGAAAAUGAAAUCAAAGAACAAAGUGCAGCACUCCAGAUAUACUAAGACUGAUGCAACUAGGACUGAUACUAAAAGUUAUAAGAAAACUUAUAGCAGGGAACCUUCUAUAUCUUCUAAUAUUUCUGGAGGGUUUUCAAAGAAAAGAAGUCUUCCAAGGAGAAACUAUAGCCCUAGCAGGAGUUCAAACAAAAGAAAGGGAGGUGAAUAUCUUGACUCCGAGAGUACUUCGUCUGUAGACGAUUUCACUGGCAGCAAAGGGAGGAUCAAAAACCUUCAUCUUAUUGGGUUUAAAUAACCUCAACACAGGAUUUCCAGAGAAAAUAAAGGAAGAAAAUGAAGAAGCAACUACCAAGACCAAGGUUAGCGGAAAGAUGAACAAUUUUUCAUCCUUACAUAAAUAAAAGGACUGAGGUUGAAAAGGACAAGAAGAAUCAACAUUUACAUCCUAAUAUGUUCAAUAAAAAAGAAAAGAUUCGCAAGACAUUGAGUGAUCCAUCUACUAUUAAGAAGCAUAUAAAGAGUUCCUCUGCUAAAUAAAAGGCCGAGGCUUGCGAAUAGAGUAAAACACAAAAUUAAUAAUGAAAAAUUUAUGAGUAAAAACUCAAGCAUCUCUUCUAUCACUAAAAAUAAUGAUAAUAUUAGAAAUACGAUCAAGAAAGAUCAGUCAAAGUAUCACAAAAAGAAGAAUUCAGUUGUCAUUAAUGGGUCGUACAAGGUUGAUGGAAACUUAAUCCUAGCCUGCUCUAAGAACAAAAAGAAGGGGUACAAGACAGCUGGAACUACAGUCAAAGAGAAGUCAUUCAACCCUAAGAUACAAAAUUGGAAGUCCCCAGAUGCUGCCCAACGCAACAAUAUGUAUAGUACAACUUCGUAUAUCCAUUCUGAAAGGCAGGAAUAUAACAAUACUAUCAAAAAGAGUCAUCGAAGAGGGAAUUAUGCCAAUGAUCAUUAUGAGUCCCAUCGGGAUAUUAGCCCUUACCAAGUUGAGAACUUUAUAGAGAUGCUUCACAAUUUUGGAGUUUCAGAUUCAAUGAUUAAGAAAAAGAUCAUUGCGAGUCCAAUGGGACAUGGUUUUGCAAAACAUGAGGGAUCUAUCGAAUCCAAUUUAGAGUCAUCCUCUCAGAUUAAAAAUCCAAAGGCAAGAUUGCCAACAAUAAAAUCACAAGAUAACGACUUAUUGAAAGGACAUUGGGAGAAGAAAUCAGACUUUAAUGGAAAUGGAAUAGAGAGAUAUGACGAUCCUGAUAAUGUCUCAUCUGAUAGUGACGCAAAUAUCCUACUUCCUAACUUGAACACUAGUCAGACUAAUAGUAAAAAGAGAAGUCCUCUAAAGCAGAAAAUAAAGAAUAGAAGGAAUUUAAGAAUUAAGCAGAGUUGGGAUAAGAAAAGUACCAAGAAUUCGGAUUUCACUACUAAGAUGCUAAGAAAAAACUUAGUAAAUAAGGAGUCUCCAGAUAAUGCAAAAGCAGGAAAAAUGAAAAGUAAUCCUUGGAUCGGGACUAACCACCAAAGCAUUAAGAAGAAGCUGCUAGCAGAGGAAAUUACUGAUGAAAGGAUAGAGUCUCCUGGUUCUCGUGGGGUCGAUCUGAGAUCAGAGUAUUAUGGCACAUAUGCAAAAGUAUCUGAGUCAAACGUAAAUUAAUAUU